AUGAACAACCACACCACAGUGAGCACAUUCUUUCUGUGGGGGUUUUCCAGUUUCCCAGAACUACAGAAUCUACUCUUUGUGAUGAUUUUAUUCUCCUAUGUGACCAUUCUAUUAGCAAAUCUGUCCAUAAUGUUGGCCAUCAAGCUCAGUCAAAACCUUCACACCCCCAUGUACUUUCUCCUAUUCAGCCUGUCCUGUUCUGAAACCUGUACCACUAUGGUUAUCAUUCCCCGCAUGUUAGUGGACUUGCUAUCAGAGAGGAAGACCAUUUCUCUUCCUGAGUGUGCCACACAGAUGUUCUUCUUCUUUGGCCUGGCAUCCAACAACUGUUUCAUCAUGGCUGCCAUGUCGUAUGACCGUUACACUGCCAUCCACAAUCCACUGCAUUAUCAGACCCUUAUAACAGGAACGAUCUGCUUUCAGCUAGUGAUGGCCUCCUCAGUGUUGGGGUUCCUGAUUUCUUUGUGCAUCACCAUAAUGAUAUUCAACUUGUCUUUUUGUGACUCCAACAACAUACAGCAUUUCUUUUGUGACAUUUCACCUGUGGUUCACCUUGCAUGUGACUACACUUCUUAUCAUGAAAUGGUUAUUUCUGUGCUCUCUGCCUUUGUGCUGGUGGGCAGCUUUAUUUUAAUUAUGAUUUCCUAUGUCUUCAUUGUGUCCAUAGUUGUGAAGAUGCCUUCUGCAAAGGGGAGAAGAAAGGCCUUCUCAACUUGCUCCUCUCACUUUACUGUGGUCUCUGUGCACUAUGGAUUUGCUUGCUUUGUCUAUUUAAGGCCCAAGAACAGUGACAGUGACUCAUUCGGUGAAAAUACACUGAUGGCUGUGACCUACACAGUGCUGACUCCUCUGCUUAACCCCAUUGUUAUAUAUAGUCUCCGGAACAAAGAAAUGCAGGUGGCCCUGAGGAAAGUCCUACUCAGUAUAACGAAGUUUUCCCCUCAAAUGGCAAACAAAAGAGCCCAGAAUAUUUAA